AUGGCUCAUAGUGUGAGACUCGUCAUAGCUCUACUUCACAUAUGUGCAUUGUCAUUUCUAAACAUUCUUGAAAUAAGCAAUGGCUCAGAGAGUGACAUCUACUGCUUGAGGUCCAUUAAAGAUUCAGUAGAAGGCCCCCGUAACUACUUGAAAAAUUCGUGGAACAUUAACAACAAUACCGUAGGCUUCAUCUGUGAAUUUGUUGGGGUUGAAUGCUGGCCCCCAGAUGCUAAUGAGGUCUUAAAUUUCCAACUCAGUCACAUGAUGCUCUGGGGUCAAUUCCCUCGUGACAUUGAGAAUUGCACACAUUUAACAGGAUUAGACCUCUCUGCUAAUGAACUUUCAGGACCACUCCCAUUUGACAUAGGAGACUUGAUCCCAUUUGUCUCAAAACUCAACAUCUCCGGAGACAAAUUUUUUGGGGAAAUCCCAAAGAGCUUUGUCAAUUGCAAUUUUCUAAUGGUUCGUUCAGUAAUGGCUUUUUUUCUAUCCAAUUAUAUGGCUUUCAUGAUUAAGAAGAAUAGGAUUGAGAAGAUGGCACUGUCCAAGAGGAGUAGAACUAAUAAAGAAGUUGAUCAAGUUAACUACUUGCCAACUAAAGGGCUCCUACAAGAAGGGAGGAAAACGAUUUAUAAGUUGGAGGGAAUGGUUUCUAGAAUGAACUUUAUAGAAUUCAGUGAGGCAACUAGCAAUUUUAGCACAAACAAUGCCAUUGGAUUAGGAAAGAUAGGGAUGAUGUACAAGGCAGUGCUUCCAAAUGGUUCACCCCUUGCAGUUAAGAGGUUAUAUGGUUGUCAAUUGUUUGAGAAACAAUUCAUUUCAGAGCUAUUGGCUCUUGGGACAUUGAAACACAAUAACUUAGUUCCCAUCUUGGGAUUCUACAGAGAAAGGAAGGAGAAACUUCUAGUGUACAAAUAUAUAUCGAAUAGUAAUCUUUAUUAUUGGCUACGUGCAAGGGAGAGCAUGGAUAAGAUCUUGGAAUGGCCUCUGAGGAAUAAAAUUGCCAUUGGGAUAGCAAGAGGCUUAGCAUGCCUUCACCAUAAAUGCAAUUUCUGA